AUGCCGGGGCAUGGGGAGUUGGAUCGGCAAAUAGAGCAAUUGAUGGAGUGCAAGCCGCUGUCGGAGGCGGAGGUGAAGGCUCUCUGCGAUCUAGCGCGAGCAAUUUUGGUGGAGGAAUGGAAUGUUCAGCCGGUGAAAUGCCCCGUCACUGUGUGCGGUGAUAUCCAUGGGCAGUUCUAUGAUCUCAUCGAGCUUUUUCGCAUAGGAGGCAAUGCGCCGGAUACUAAUUACCUCUUCAUGGGAGACUAUGUUGACCGUGGGUACUACUCAGUCGAGACCGUCACACUUUUAGUGGCCCUGAAAGUGCGCUACAGAGAUAGAAUCACAAUACUUCGGGGGAAUCAUGAAAGUCGACAAAUUACGCAAGUGUAUGGGUUCUAUGAUGAAUGCUUGAGGAAGUAUGGCAAUGCUAAUGUUUGGAAGUAUUUCACUGAUCUAUUUGAUUAUUUGCCCUUAACAGCGCUCAUUGAGAGUCAGAUCUUUUGUUUGCAUGGGGGCCUUUCACCAUCUCUUGAUACCUUAGACAAUAUCCGAGCUCUGGACCGUAUACAGGAGGUUCCACAUGAAGGGCCAAUGUGUGACCUAUUGUGGUCCGACCCGGAUGAUCGUUGUGGAUGGGGCAUAUCACCACGUGGCGCCGGCUACACUUUUGGGCAGGACAUAGCUUCACAGAGAAGAAUGUGGUUACAGUUUUUAGUGCUCCAAACUAUUGUUACCGGUGUGGGAACAUGGCUGCAAUACUCGAAAUUGGGGAGAAUAUGGAGCAGAAUUUCCUUCAGUUUGACCCGGCUCCUCGGCAGAUCGAACCUGACACAACACGCAAGACUCCCGAUUAUUUUUUGUGAGCUCAUUGGCUACUCAGUUUGCUCUACUCCCAACUUUGGUUAUGUCAUGUGCACGAGAUCUUUGUGGAGGGUCAAUGCUGGCAUUUGGGUGGAGGGCAUUGGCUAUCAGGAGACAUUUGCACCUGUCGCCAAGAUGGUUACUGUAUGGACUUUUCUUGCUAUUGCAGCUGCUCGACAUUGGGAGGUUCAUCAGAUGGACGUGCACAAUGCAUUCUUACAUGGGGAUCUGUCUGAGUAG